UGGGCCACCCCUUCUUCUCCUUCCCCAAGCCCGAGUAGAGAGGGCGGAGAAAAGCUCCCUGCUCGGCCUUCGCCAGCCCCGCGCACAGCCUGGAGCGGCUGCACACUGUGGAUUGGGGCGCAGCGGGGGCGAGGUCUGGGACCGGUGCCGCGCGGAGGAGGCUGCGACCCCGCGGGCACGAGAAGGGGCGCGCGGCAAGCCCAGUGGUUAGCGAUGCUGCUGUCGCUGCUGCUGCUGCUGGGAGCGCCGCGGGGCUGCACCGAGGGCGCGGAGGCAGCGCUCUCUCCCGAGCGGGUCCUCAAGUGGCAGGAGAAAGGGAUGUUCAUCAUCCAGAGUGAGAGCCUUAAGACAUGCAUCCAAGCAGGCAAAUCUGUCCUGACCCUGGAGAGCUGCAAACAACCAAACAAGAACAUGCUGUGGAAGUGGGUUUCAAACCAGCACCUCUUCAACAUCGGAGGCAGCGGCUGCCUGGGCCUGAAUUUAUCCAAUCCAGAGCAGCCCUUAGGCCUGUAUGAAUGCGACUCCACCCACGUUUCCUUGAGGUGGCGCUGUAACAGAAAGAUGAUCACAGGUCCCCUACAGCACACGGUCCAGGUGAAGCAGGACAACACCAUCGUGGCCUCGGGGAAGCGUCUUCAUAAGUGGAUUUCCUAUAUGUCAGAUAAUGGAGACAUUUGCCAGCAUCUGCACAAAGAUCUGUAUACACGCAAAGGGAAUGCCCACGGGAUGCCGUGUAUGUUUCCCUUCCAGUACAACCACCAGUGGCAUCACGAAUGUACCCGGGAAGGCCGGCAGGAUGACUCACUGUGGUGCGCCACGACCAGCCGAUAUGAAAGAGAUGAGAAGUGGGGAUUCUGCCCAGAUCCCACCUCUGCAGAGGUGGGUUGUGAUGCUGUCUGGGAGAAGGACCUCAACUCACACAUUUGCUACCAAUUCAACCUGCUUUCCUCUCUCUCCUGGAGUGAGGCACAUUCUUCAUGCCAGAUGCACGGAGGUGCUUUACUAAGUAUUGUGGAUGAAGCUGAAGAAAAUUUCAUACGAAAGCAGGUAAGCGGAGAAGCAGUGGAGCUGUGGACAGGUCUGAAUCAGCUGGAUGUGAAUGCUGGCUGGCAGUGGUCUGAUGGGACACCGCUCAGCUAUCUGAACUGGAGCCCAGAGAUAAAUUUUGAACCAUUUGUUGAAUAUCAUUGUGGAACCUUCAAUUCAUUUAUGCCAAGGGCCUGGAGGAGUAGAAAUUGUGAGUCCACCUUGCCUUAUAUUUGUAAAAAAUACCUAAACCACGUCGAUGAUGAAAUAGUUGAAAAAGAUGCUUGGAAAUACUACGCCACCGACUGUGAGCCUGGCUGGGAUCCCUACCAUCGUAACUGCUACAAACUUCAGAAAGAAGAAAAGACCUGGAACGAGGCUUUGCAUUCCUGCCUCUCCAGUAACAGUACAUUAAUAGACAUAGGCUCAUUGGCAGAGGUGGAGUUUCUUGUCACUCUCCUUGGAAGUGAGAAUGCAUCAGAAACAUGGAUUGGUUUGAGCAGCAACACAUUUCCGGUCUCCUUUAAAUGGUCUAAUGGCUCCUCAGUCAUCUUUACUAACUGGCACACACUUGAGCCCCAGAUUUUCCCAAACAGAAGCCAGCUGUGUGUCUCUGCUGAACAAUCCGAAGGACACUGGAAAGUUACAGAUUGUGAAGAAACUCACUUUUACGUUUGUAAAAAGCCAGGCCAUGUCCUUUCUGAUGCUGAAUCAGAAUGUCAAGAGGGGUGGGAGAGACAUGGUGGAUUCUGUUACAAAAUUGACACGGUCCUUCGAAGCUUUGACCACGCUUCCAGUGGCUACUACUGUCCUCCCGCACUCGUGACCAUUGCAAACAGGUUUGAACAGGCUUUUAUUACCAGUUUGAUCAGCAGUGUGGUGAACAUGAAAGACAGUUAUUUUUGGAUAGCCCUUCAGGACCAAAAUGACACAGGAGAAUACACGUGGAAGACAGCGGGGCAGAAGUCUGAGCCGGUGCAGUACACACACUGGAAUGCACAUCAACCCCGCUCUAGUGGCGGCUGUGUGGCCAUUCGAGGAAGAAAUCCUAUUGGACGCUGGGAAGUGAAGGACUGUGAACACUUUAAGGCCAUGUCUGUGUGCAAGCAGCCAGUGGAAACUCGGGAGAAGAUGGAACAUGAAGAGAGAUGGCCCUUUCACCCCUGCUAUUUGGACUGGGAGUCGCAGCCUGGUCUGGCCAGUUGCUUCAAGGUAUUUCAUAGUGAAAAAGUCUUGAUGAAAAGAACAUGGAGAGAGGCUGAAGCGUUUUGUGAAGAAUUUGGAGCUCAUCUUGCAAGCUUUGCCCAUAUUGAGGAAGAGAAUUUUGUGAAUGAGCUUUUACAUUCAAAAUUUAAUCGGUCAGAAGAAAGGCAGUUUUGGAUUGGAUUUACUAAAAGAAACCCACUGAAUGCUGGCUCUUGGGAAUGGUCUGAUGGAACUCCUGUUAUCUCUUCAUUUUUAGACAAUAAUAAUUAUUUUGGAGAAGAUACAAGAAAUUGUGCUGUGUAUAAGGCAAACAAAACACUGCUGCCCUUGCACUGUGGUUCCAAACGUGAAUGGAUAUGCAAAAUUCCAAGAGAUGUGAGACCCAAGAUUCCAUCCUGGUACCAAUAUGAUGCACCCUGGCUCUUUUAUCAUGACGCAGAGUACCUUUUUUAUCCGCAUUCCUCGGAGUGGUCCUCCUUUGAGUUUGUCUGUGGCUGGCUGCGCAGUGAUAUUCUCACCAUUCAUUCUGCACAUGAGCAAGAAUUCAUCCACAGCAAAAUAAAAGCGCUCUCUAAGUAUGGUGCAAAUUGGUGGAUUGGACUUCAGGAAGAAACAGCCAAUGAUGAACUGCGCUGGAGAGAUGGAACACCAGUCAUUUACCAGAACUGGGACAAAGAAAGAGAUAGAUUCAUGAAUAAUCAGAGCCAGAGGUGUGCCUUCAUUUCUUCCAUAACAGGACUCUGGGACAGAGAAGAGUGUUCAGUUUCUAUGCCCAGUAUUUGUAAGAGAAAAACAUUUUGGGUCAUAGAGAAAGAGAAAGAUACUCCAAAGCAACACGGAACAUGCCCUAAAGGAUGGCUAUAUUUUGACUAUAAGUGCCUUUUGGUGAAUGUCCCCAAAGACCCAAGCAAUUGGAAGAACUGGACACAGGCUCGAGAUUUCUGUGUUGAUGAAGGGGGGACACUGGUCGCCAUUGAAAGUGAAGUGGAGCAAGCUUUCAUUACCAUGAAUCUUGUUGGCCAGACUACUGAUGUGUGGAUAGGGUUACAAAAUGAUGAUUAUGAAAAAUGGCUAAAUGGAAAUCCUGUGGCAUAUUCUAACUGGUCUCCGUCUGAUAUAAUAAAUAUUCCAAGUUACAACACCACUGCAGAUCAAAAACCCAUCCCUCUUUGUGCCUUGCUGUCAAAUAAUCCCAACUAUCAUUUCACUGGAAAAUGGUAUUUUGAAGACUGUGGAAAAGAAGGCUACGGGUUUGUUUGUGAAAAAAUACAGGAUUCUUCUGGACAUGAAGUAAAUACAUCUGUCAUGGAUCCAAUCCCCAAUACCUUAGAAUAUCAAAACAGAACUUACAAAAUAAUCAAUGCAAAUAUGACUUGGUAUGAAGCAAUAAAAUCCUGUCUGAUGCAUGGAGCAAAACUGGUCGGCAUUAAAGACCAGUAUCACCAGUCCUUCCUCACUGUUAUCCUCAGCCGGCUAGGACACGCCCACUGGAUCGGAUUGUUCACUAUAGAUGAUGGUCUUCAUUUUUCCUGGAUGGAUGGCACCAAAUCCUCUUUUACCUUUUGGAAAGAUGAGGACUCUCCCUUCCUUGGUGACUGUGUUUAUGCUGACACCAGUGGACGCUGGCAUAGUACAGACUGCGAAUCAUUUCUGCAAGGUGCCAUUUGUCGUGUGCCCACUGAAACAAGCCCAUUUGAAGACCCAGGGCUGUGCUCAGAAAUAUCUAUUCCCUGGUUACAAUUUAAAAGUAAUUGCUACAGUCUUUCUACAAUCGAGCACAGUGCAAGUUUUGAGGCUGCUCAUGAAUUUUGCAAAAAGGAAGGAGCAAAUCUUUUAACAAUCAAGGAUGAAGUUGAAAAUUCUUUUAUCCUAGAAGAGCUUUUUCCUUUUGCUGAUUCUGUCCAGAUGGUCUGGUUGAAUGCUCAGUUCGAUAAUGGAACAGUCAAGUGGUUUGAUGGGACUCCAGCAGACCAGUCAAACUGGGGCAUUCGGAAACCAGACAUGGCGCACUUUGAGCCCCAUCAGUGCCUUGCCCUGAGGAUCUCGGAAGGAGUGUGGCAGUUCUCCCCGUGUCAAAAAAAAAUGGGCUUUAUUUGCAAAAUGAAGGCAGAUAUUCACACCGUAGAGGAGCAUCCAGGAAAAGGACCAAGUCACAGUGUUGUGCCCCUUGCUGUAGCACUGACACUGGUGGUGAUUCUGGCCAUUAUCACACUGUCCUUCUACAUAUACAAGCAGAACAGGGGAUUCUUCAGGAGACUUGCAGGGAUUGGGAAUUUUUACUAUCCUACAACCAACUUCAGUACCAUACAUUUGGAAGAAAAUAUUCUCAUUUCUGAUCUUGAGAAGAAUGACUAAUAAAUAAUGACGCCAGAGAAGGCUACAGCCAUGAGGAUGAGUGGAGAAGACACCAGGAAGUCUCCUCUGUGUUUGCACUGAUACACCAGAGCAUCUAAAGUGAACUGGGUCACUAUUUCACUAUUUUAAUUAUUCUUACAGCGAUUAUUGGCUUUGAAUUGUAACCAAAUCAGAUUGGUUUUGAUUUAUUCAUUUCCCUAAAUUGCAAUGUAUCCUUUAAAAAGAGAAUCUAUGUAAUGGUUAUUAUUCAGAAGGAUAAGAAGUAUUAAAAGAAACUCUCUAUGGAAAAUUCUCAAAGCAAUGUAAAUAAUAAUUUUUGCAUUAAUAUUUUUCUACUAAAAUUUCUUGGGAGUUGCCUAUUCAGACAUUUACUCAUAGUUUUUCUAUUAAGAGAGAAAGGCAGGAUAAGAAAAAAAUUAAUCAUGUUUAUUAGAGGAAAAAGAUAAGCUUCUGAGAGGUUUUGUUCGAUUUUAGUUAAAUCAUUGUUAAUAGCAGGGUUUGGAAAAAACUAGCUUCUAAGCUUAAAGCUCACAGUUCUGGACUCUAACAAAUAUUUAAGGUGAUAUUUGUCUUGUUAGUUCUGAAAAAAAUAUCUUUGUUUAAAUAGUAAAGAUUUAGGUUAGCAGUAGACUUUCAAAAGCAACCACCUCAUUAAAACGUGGCCUGAAAUUUCCUAUAGCUAAAUCAUGACCAAGUUGAGAUUUUAAAAUACAGAUGAGCUUACAGGAGUAUACUGAGAUUUUAGUACUAUUAAAACACAGGGUAUAUUAAAAACUAAAGAUAUGCAAUAAUAUAUAAUUCUGUUAACAAGAAGUUAUAAAUAUAUAACUUGAAUUCAGAGGGAAAAAUUGAAGAUCUGAAUUAUUAUCUCAUUAGAACUAGAGGAUAUAUUGAGAAUAAAUUAUCUUCCAGUAGUAAUCUAAGUGCCUUUAUCAUAUUAGUAAGUUGAUUUUAGGUGUUUUAUUUAAUAAACUAUGAUUUCUGGGAACCAUAUCCUCUCAUACUACUAGUUAGUGCAGUUGGUAAACAACCAUUAAAAGUAUGAUACUGGGCUGGCACUGUGGCAUAGUAGGCUAAGCCUCUGCCUGUGGUGCUGGCAUCCCAUAUGGGGGCUGGUACAUGUUCCAUGUUCCAGCUGUUCCUCUUCCAAUCUAGCUCUCUGCUAAUGGCCUGGGAAAGCAGUGAAAAGUGGCCCAAGAACUUGGGCCCUUGCUCCCACGUGAGAUACCCAGAAAAAGCUCCUGGCUCUGUGCUUCAAGUCGGCUCAUCUCCAGCCAUUGCAGCCAUCUGGGAAGUAAGCCAGAGGAUGGAGGACCUCUCUGUCUCUCCCUCUCUCUGUAACUUACCUCUCUUAUAAAUAAAUAUUUUUUUAAAAGUAUGAUAUUUCCUGUAAAUAAGAAAUCUCAGAUUUGCUCUUCCUUCAUGAAUAUCCUAUAAAGGAAAAUGGCUCCAUAAUCAAUAUUCAGAACAUUACUCAUCACAGAAAUGUUUAUUGAAUUCAAACUAUGCACAAGUUUAUGAACUUGGGGUAUUAGCGUGCCAGUGAGGUUUCUAUUCUCAUUGUACUUAUUUUCUGAUUAGGGAAACUGACAGUGACCCAGUACAGAAAUGCGUAGUCAAAAAUAGCAGGUGGUUAUGAAAAUCAAGUAAAGUCUCACCGCAGAGAAACAGGAGGAGCCUCAGGGCCUCCCUGAGAGUAUGUUAAUUACAGCCUCAGCCUCCACACUGGUGGCCACUAGUCACAAGAGGGAGCUCCGGGAGAAAGUAUGAAUGAGCAUGGAGGUGGCAAACCAUCACUAACAGAAAUACAGUUUUAAGAAAACACCCUAAGAAUAGAGUCUUUGAGAUGCAAAAAGUCCCUACAGCACCCAGAAGCGGGUCUUUGCUACUGCUCUGUGGUUUAUACACUGGGAGAAUCUACUGCCAUUUAAAAAAAAAAUCUUAGAAUUUCAUUUUUUAAAAGGAUACUAUAUUAUGUGGCAAUUAAAUCAUUAUGACUCAAAAGAAGAACUGACUUGAACUAACCAGACAGUAGAAAAGCCAAAUUUAGCAAUCUGUUGGGUGAAAUUAAAGUUCUGCUCUUUUCAGUAGACUUGGUAAAAUCUGGUAACCAAUUAGCCUUCUAGUCAAAGUACAAAGCCACACCUCACAGUUCAGCAAAGUGUGUCAUUAGGAAAGUGAUUUUGCAGAAAGAAACUCUAUUGCUUGUCAAUUCUCUAUACUUUGAUAGUUAAUACUGAACUGUAUCUCCAGACAAUCUCUCCUCAUGAACAAACCUUGCACUUCUUCCAUUACUGAAAUUCCAGAAAUAAAAGGUACAGACAUA